AUACACUCACACCGUUGCCCCUUCAAGAUAUUUGAUGUCCAAUAUGGCUUCCCACAGCGCGCGAUCUAAAGGCUCCGAAAACCCCUUCUCGGCUGUCACUAAUCUCCCACCAUCGUCAUCGCCAGAAUCUGAUGAGGCAUUUUCAACAAUGAAGAAGUCUGCACUCUACAAGCGACUCCUAGCUAAAUAUGGGACAGAAAAACAUUCAAAACUUUCCGAGUUGGAACACGCUUGGACGCACCACGUGCAAUACCAGAAGAGGAUGAGCGAAGACAUCUCUGCUGUACUCUCCGUCCUGAACGACUAUGACGAUGACCAAAUGACGGCUGAGAACAUGGAGAGAGGCUUGGAGUUUCGAGGCUGGACGCGUGUUGAACAUUGCACUUCUUGUGAGGAGGAAGCGACGAGGGAAGAGGAGGAAGCGAAGAAGAAAGAGGUGGACGAGCUGUCGGAAAUGGUCUCAAUGCACAUCCAGGAUGAGUGACAAAAUCAUGCUCUUAGACUCCAGAGGGAUUGAACCAGUGAUUCGGUUGCUAGCGCCGCAUGGGCUGCUCAUAGGGAGAUGAAAGACUUGGG